AUGUUAUUCUUCGGCAGCUUCCUCUACAUCACGGUCCUUCUAAUCAAUGCGGUGGCCAUCCUCUCCGAAGACCGCUUCCUAGCGCGCAUAAACCUCUCGCCUGCGUCUUACGAUCCUGCCUUUGGCACCGGCGCAGAUGCCAGCAUCAAGGCCAAGAUUAUCCAUUUGAUCGCUAGUAUUCGGACCAUCAUGAGAAUGCCGUUGAUAUUCGUGAAUUCCGUCAUCAUUCUGUACGAGUUGAUACUGGGGUAG